UUUUUAAAAGAGCCUCGCCCCCUUGGGGCCGAGAGUGAGGGAGCGCGCAGGCGCGCCGGGGGGGGGGGGGCGCGCGUGCGUGACGUCACCACGUGAGGUCAGCGUCUCGGCCCGAUGAUGCGUCGCUGACGCGCGACGCGUCCGCCACGGGGCCCGGACCGUCGCCCUUGUUGCUAUGGCGACCCCGCCCGCCGGGUCAAGGGGUCACGGCGCGGCCUGGGACUUUCCAAAAAACCAACCAAAAUAAAUGGAUUGGGGGGAGAAAAAAAUAUCGCUCCACGCUGGGAUGAAAAAAAUGCUCACUUGUUCCUGGAAAAUUCUCCCUACAGGUGCAAAUUACCCAGAUAACCCUUGAGCUGGUCUUCCUCCCCAAGGAGCUCAGAAAACUUUCUCCAUUCUCUGGAUGUUGUGAUGGAGAACUACGAGCUGGUGACUUCUCUCGGCUACCCGGUUCUCAAACCCGAUCUCCUGUCUCGGAUCGAGCGGGUCGGAGAGCAGUGCGUGGGCGACCAGCUGGAUUCCACCCGUGGGAUUCCCACCGAUCCAUGUGCAGGUUACCGUUUUUUCAAACCCGAGAGCCUGUCUUGGAUUGAACGGUGGGAGGAACUCGGAGUCACCGACCGUCAGAAGUUGGAGGAAGGCAAACUUUGCGCAGGCUCCUGCCAAGCCGCUGGACGGAGCAAAGCGAUCAAGGAAGAGGAGGGCGGCCAGAAAGGCUUUGUGGCCAGCUUGGAACGCUACCAGCUCUUCCCCGAGAGUUCCCGGGCAGGUCUGUUCCUUGCCCCCAACCCUGGGCAGCUGAGACCUCAACCCCGGGUCAAGAAGGAGGAAGCAGCCUCCUGUGAGCCCAGCCUGGGCGGCCCUGGACGUCCCUCCCAAGGCCUGGGUUCAGGCCCCUUCACUUGCCUGGUGUGCGGCAAGUGUUUCCGGCAGAAGCAGGGGCUGAUCACCCACGGGCGCAUUCACACCGGCGAGAAGCCCUACCCAUGCCUGGAGUGCGGCAAGCGCUUCCGCCAGCGCCCCAACCUGCUGACCCACCAGAGAGUCCACACCGGCGAGCGGCCAUUCCCCUGUCUGCGCUGCGGCAAACGCUUCAGCCAAAAGGCCAACCUGGCCCCACCAGCGCACCCACGCUGUGCAGGAGGGGCUGAUUGCACCCGAGCCAAAGGUCCCAGUGCCGCGUGGCAGCCGCUCAACGGAGAAGCCCUUCCCUUGCAGUGUCUGCGGGAAGAGCUUCAGCCAGCGGCCCAACCUCAUCACCCACCAGCGCAUCCACACCGGUGAGAAACCCUUCCCCUGCACCGAGUGUGGCAAGCGCUUCAACCAGAGAGCCAACCUCAUCACCCACCGACGGAUCCACUCGGGAGAGCGCCC